GUGAUCACCGUUGAGCUUGAUCAUACUUCAUCUCGGAAACUAYCCUCAAUAACUGUACUGAGCACGUGCUCAGAUGCAUUGGUCAUAUUAAUCAAUCAACCUUCAAGUGAUCUUCCUUCUACGUUCGAGAUAACAAAAAAUACGGCAACAAAGUCGAGGGCAUCAGAAAUUGCUUCGCAUCCUUUACAUAGUGCUCAAAUAAUAUCACAAUGAUGUCCCUUCUGGAAGUUGUGGGAAAUUUUCUGCUCUUUGCACUAGUGUUUGGAAUGUCCGCUACAGUCGACACAGAAUGUAUGAAGCAACAGGUGAAGAAUCGAAAGGCGAUCAUGCUCGGAAUUUUCUGCCAGUUUAUUCUGCUGCCGUUUCUUGGUUUUGCAGUUGUAAACAUUAUGCAACUCAAUGCGAACCUCGGAAUUACUCUACUCGUGGUAACGAGUAGUCCUGGAGGGUCCUAUUCCAACUGGUGAGUGAUUAAGUUGGUCGGAUCUUUGGGUAGAGUUUCAUCGAGUCUUUUCUUUGUCCUAUAAUUAUUUGCUGAUCUUUCUAUAUUUCUAUUGAAAAUAGGUGGUGCUCCCUAUUCAAUGCUGAUUUAGCCUUGAGUGUUACAAUGACAGCAAUAUCGACUAUUCUUUCGUGUAUUGCUCUGCCGGUGAAUCUUCUUCUAUAUGCAAACUUUUCGUACAAUGCUGAUGUGAUAAGUGACCUAGACUGGGUAUCAGUCUUUGUUGCACUGGCUAUUGUCAUUUCAGCUAUUACGAUGGGACUUUACAUGUCGCACCAAUGUCAUUCUUUCAAGUUCAAUAUGCUUGCYAACAAAGUGGGAAACAUUGCYGGUUUCUUACUUAUUGUCUUCAGUGCAACCGUCACAAAUGGUGGAGACGCAGGAUCUAGAAUAUGGUCCCGACAUUGGACUUUCUAUGUCGCAACUAUUGCUCCAUGUGUACUGGGAUUGAUCAUUGCAUCUGGAUUGGCAUCUCUGUUAAAUUUGCGAAAACCAGAGCGAAUGUAAGACUCAAACUACAAACUUGAACCAGAAAUAACCAAGCUCAGAGACUCUAAAUUUCUGACCUACACCUUUUGUGCCAUAUUUUUCUUUUUUCAGGACUGUCGCAGUGGAAUGUUGCUAUCAAAAUGUUGGUAUUGCCACAUCUUUGGCUCUCACCAUGUUCAGGGGAAACGAUUUGAACGAAGCCAUGGGUAUUCCAUUUUUUUACGGUAUGGUCGAAGCUCUUUUUGUAGGGUCUUAUUGUAUCGGUUGUUGGAAGGCUGGUUGGAGCAAAGCACCCGCAGAUGCCUCAAUCUGGAAAAUACUUUACGUCUCCUACGAAGUUUUAGAGGUUGAGAUGAGAGACAUUGAUGAAAUUGAAGUAUCCAUGUCGGAGAGUACAGACGGGAGUCAAAAGCCACUCGAGAAGUCAGAAGGCAACGUUCUCACGACCUAUUUCGAAAUGAUAGAUAAGAACGAAAUAUCUCCUUCGAUGCCAAAGGCUCCUAGUGGUCAAGUUCCAUCGAGAAGACAGCUACCGAGAUUUGAAACUUGUGAGGGUACGUUGACAUAAAAAAUACUAAAAUAGUGUAUGCCGCAUUUGUAAAGACCAUGAUGGUUACUGAAAACUAUUUGCAUUGAAAUUUUUCGCUAGCAUGACUUCACUACAGGGAAAAAUGACCAAAAUUCGAAAUUAUUACUGUAAGUCAUUGUGAGAGGAAGGGAAAAAUCGGGCACGAACCUUUUCUUUUAGGGGAUUUUGAUAGUAACAUAAAUCUAGUGCACAUACUUUUUAGAUUUCGACACCUUGURAAAAAAAAUCGGUUWWUCGUAGUGUUAUWAAUUUGAUGCGCUUGUCAAUCAUGUUCUAACAAAAAAUCGUGUGGGGAUCGAUGAUUGAAUAACAGUGGGACUUCCACAGUUUCUAGUCGUCGCAAAUGCUGGUGAUGGAAAGGAACAUUGAAUUUUCCCUUUAAGUGAAUUCUCCUUGUUCGGCUUUGAGUGUGUCAUCAUCUAUCCUUCGAGAACUUUCGGCUGACGAGCGAGCCCUUAGGGGAGACCCAUUCAUUUGUCUUUGCUCCAUCAAACCUGCAUUGGUCUUUUCUUGUAGCGACCUCUCAUCUACCUGAUAACCCUCGAUCGUUUGGUUGAAAACCAAAUCUUCAAUGUCGCCAUCAUCUUUAGGAUUAUUGUUGUGCACAACCUCGAUUGCGUUAGGAGAUUCUAAUCUUGCCUGUUCCACUUCGUACGAUUUUCCAAUCAUUGUGAAAAAAUUCUCAUCAGGAGGCGCCUUAGUCCACCCAGAUUUCCAGCAUCCCAGGCAAAAAAUUGCCAGUACAAUCAUUUCAACAAGUCCAUAAUACAAAGGAACUCCAAUUGCUGUCGCUAGUUGUGUCCCGGUGAACAUGGAUGCAGCUACAGAAGUUGCAAUCCCGGUGUUUUGAUAACAUCCUUCAACAGCCACAGCAACUCGUUCUGGUUUUUCCAAACCGAGCUUGCUGGCCAUAUAAGUAGCCAGUAUUACACCUACUAUGGCCGGUAUCGCACAUCCGAUAUAAAAUACGGCACUCUGGUUCCAUAUGCUCGUGUCUUGACCUGUCGAGGAGACGAUUGCCGAAAAGAUGACCAACGAGACCCCGGCCAGGUUUCCAAGUUUAUUGGCCAUCAAAUUAAAACGAGUCGAAUUAUACCAAGCCGACAUAAGAACACCGGAGGUAAUUCCUCCGAGGACAACGAUAAGUGAAAGAAAUAAGGCGAACCAGUCCAAAGAUUUGACAACCUCGUCGGAAUAGCUCCCGGUUGUGUAAAUCACUAGAUUCAAUGGAAGCAUGACUACAGACAACAAAGUCGAUAUACCGGUCAUCGUCACGCUCAGCGCCAACUCGGCAUUAAAUAAAGAACACCACC